CCGGCCCAGUCCCGGCGCGGCCCAGCCCCGGCCCGGCCCGCCCGGCCCCUCGCCGUAGUCUCCCUCCCUCCCGCUCCGUCCCCGCUCGGGCUCCCACCCUCCCCGCCCGCGCGGAGCGCACUUGGCCCCGCAGCGCGAGCAGCGUCACUCCAGGGAGGGGGGGAGAACGCGAGCGGCCGGCUCACCCCCCGCCAGCCGGGGCGGGACCCCGAGGCCCCGGAGGAUCCCCUGCUCCGGCCACGUCUCGCUCUGCGCCCGCCCGGCGCGGCCACUGCCAGGACGCCCCCGGCCGGCCGCCUGCGCGCGCGGCGGAGACGCGGGGCCACACCUGGGCGCCGCCGCCCGGAGCCCGGCGCGCCCACAUGGCCCCGCGCUAAGGGCGCCGACGGAGAGUCCCGCGCAGGGAGUCGGCGUCCACCCGCCCGGGGGAGGGGGGUCAACCCUGGGGGGGCUAGGGCCCCCCAAACUCGGAUCGGAUCAUACCGGAGUCAGGCGGCGCCAUGGAGCUCCGGGCGCUGCUCUGUUGGGCUUCGCUCGUCACCGCUUUAGAAGAGACCCUGCUGAACACAAAAUUGGAAACUGCUGAUCUGAAGUGGGUGACGUUCCCUCAGGUGGAGGGGCAGUGGGAGGAGCUGAGCGGCCUGGACGAGGAGCAGCACAGUGUGCGCACCUACGAGGUGUGCGACGUGCAGCGGGCCCCGGGCCUGGCCCACUGGCUGCGCACCGGCUGGGUCCCACGGCGCGGUGCCGUCCACGUGUACGCCACGCUGCGCUUCACCAUGCUCGAGUGCCUGUCCCUGCCGCGGGCCGGACGCUCCUGCAAGGAGACCUUCACUGUCUUCUACUAUGAGAGUGAUGCUGACACGGCCACAGCCAUCUCGCCAGCCUGGAUGGAGAAUCCCUACAUCAAGGUGGACACGGUGGCUGCUGAGCAUUUGACCCGGAAGCGCCCUGGAGCCGAGGCCACGGGGAAGGUGAACGUUAAGACCCUGCGUCUGGGACCACUCAGCAAGGCCGGCUUCUACCUGGCCUUCCAGGACCAGGGGGCCUGCAUGGCCCUGCUGUCACUGCACCUCUUCUACAAGAAGUGUCCCCCACUGACUGUGAACCUAACCCACUUCCCGGAGACUGUGCCUCGGGAGCUGGUCGUGCCCGUGGCGGGGAGCUGCGUGGCCGAUGCCGUCCCUGCCCCAGGCCCUGGCCCCAGCCUCUACUGCCGCGAGGACGGCCAGUGGGCCGAGCAGCCGGUGACAGGCUGCAGCUGUGCUCCGGGGUUCGAGGCUGCCGAGGGAAACACCAAGUGCCGAGCCUGUGCCCAGGGCACCUUCAAGCCCCUGUCAGGAGAGGGGUCCUGCCAGCCGUGCCCAGCCAACAGCCAUUCUAACACCAUUGGAUCACCCAUCUGCCAGUGCCGAAUUGGGUACUUUCGGGCUCGCACGGACCCCCGGGGUGCACCCUGCACCACCCCACCCUCCGCUCCACGAAGCGUGGUUCCCCGCCUGAAUGGCUCCUCCCUGUACCUGGAGUGGAGUGCCCCCCUCGAGUCCGGCGGCCGAGAGGACCUCACCUAUGCCCUCCGCUGCCGCGAGUGCCGCCCCGGGGGCUCCUGCACAACCUGCGGGGGAGACCUGACCUUCGACCCCGGCCCCCGGGACCUGGUGGAGCCCUGGGUGGCAGUUCGAGGGCUGCGUCCUGACUUCACCUAUACCUUCGAGGUCACUGCCUUGAAUGGGGUGUCCUCCUUAGCCACAGGGCCCGUCCCGUUUGAGCCUGUCAAUGUCACCACUGACCGAGAGGUGCCGCCUGCAGUGUCCGACAUCCGGGUGACUCGGUCAUCACCCAGCAGCUUGAGCCUGGCCUGGGCUGUUCCCCGGGCGCCCAGUGGAGCCGUGCUGGACUACGAGGUCAAGUACCACGAGAAGGGUGCCGAGGGCCCCAGCAGUGUGCGGUUCCUGAAGACGUCGGAAAACCGGGCGGAGCUGCGGGGGCUGAAGCGGGGAGCCAGCUACCUGGUGCAGGUGCGGGCGCGCUCUGAGGCCGGCUAUGGGCCCUUCGGCCAGGAGCACCACAGCCAGACCCAGCUGGACGACAGUGACAGCUGGCGGGAGCAGCUGGCCCUCAUUGCAGGCACAGCGGUCGUGGGUGUGGUGCUGGUCCUGGUGGUGAUUGUCAUUGCGGUUCUCUGCCUCAGGAAGCAGAGCACUGGGAGAGAAGCAGAAUAUUCGGACAAACACGGACAGUAUCUCAUCGGGCACGGUACUAAGGUCUACAUUGACCCCUUCACUUACGAAGACCCGAAUGAGGCUGUCAGGGAAUUUGCCAAAGAGAUCGACGUCUCCUAUGUGAAGAUUGAAGAGGUGAUUGGCGCAGGGGAGUUUGGCGAGGUGUGCCGGGGCCGGCUCAAGGCCCCCGGCAAGAAGGAGAGCUGUGUGGCCAUCAAAACCCUGAAGGGGGGCUACACGGAGCGGCAGCGGCGUGAGUUCCUGAGUGAGGCCUCCAUCAUGGGCCAGUUCGAGCACCCCAACAUCAUCCGCCUGGAGGGUGUGGUCACCAACAGUGUGCCGGUCAUGAUCCUCACCGAGUUCAUGGAGAACGGCGCCCUGGACUCCUUCCUGCGGCUGAAUGACGGGCAGUUCACGGUCAUCCAGCUGGUGGGCAUGUUGCGGGGCAUCGCCUCGGGCAUGCGGUACCUGGCAGAGAUGAGCUACGUCCACCGAGACCUGGCUGCCCGCAACAUCCUGGUCAACAGCAACCUCGUCUGCAAGGUGUCUGACUUUGGCCUGUCCCGAUUCCUGGAGGAGAACUCUUCGGAUCCCACCUACACGAGCUCUCUGGGAGGGAAGAUUCCCAUCCGAUGGACAGCGCCUGAGGCAAUUGCCUUUCGGAAGUUCACAUCUGCCAGUGAUGCUUGGAGUUAUGGGAUUGUGAUGUGGGAGGUGAUGUCAUUUGGGGAGCGGCCAUACUGGGACAUGAGCAAUCAGGACGUGAUCAAUGCCAUCGAACAGGACUACCGGCUGCCCCCACCCCCAGACUGCCCCACCUCCCUCCACCAGCUCAUGCUGGACUGCUGGCAGAAGGACCGCAACGCCCGGCCCCGCUUCCCCCAGGUGGUCAGCGCCCUGGACAAGAUGAUCCGGAACCCUGCCAGCCUCAAAAUCGUGGCCAGGGAGAAUGGCGGGGCCUCGCACCCGCUCCUGGAUCAGCGGCAGCCUCACUACUCAGCUUUUGGCUCUGUGGGCGAGUGGCUUCGAGCCAUCAAGAUGGGAAGAUACGAAGAAAGUUUUGCAGCUGCUGGGUUUGGCUCCUUCGAGCUGGUCAGCCAGAUCUCCGCGGAGGACCUGCUUCGAAUCGGAGUCACUCUGGCGGGACACCAGAAGAAAAUCUUGGCCAGUGUCCAGCACAUGAAGUCGCAGGCCAAGUCUGGAGCCCCCGGUGGAACAGGAGGACCAGCCCCGCAGUACUGACCUGCAGGAACUCCCCACCCCAGGGACACGGCCUCCCUUCCUCCUGGGGCAGAGUGGGGACUCACAGAGGCCCCCAUCCCUGUGCCCCACUGGAUUGCACUUUGAACUCAUCGGGAUGGGGAGUUGGCAAUUUGCAGAGACAGGAUUUGGGGGUUCUGCCAUAUGGGAGUGUAGAAAUCACCCCCCACACACCUGGGUGGGUAACCCCAGACCAAGGGUGAGGGUACCUUUCCCUCAGGACUGGGUGUGGCCAGAGGGGAAGGAAGUGCCCAUAAUCUCCUAACCUCCCCAGGUGCUCCCCCACCUUGACAAGUGUGUUCCUGCAGACCAAAGAGAGGGUGACGAGCUCCAGGGUGGAGCCUGUCCCAGGAGGCAAGAAGGGGUGUCAUGGCCCAGUGACAAAAUCAUUGGGCUUUGACGUCCCAACUUGCUGCUUUCGCCACCAAACUCAAUCAUUUUUCCCUUGUAAAUGCCCCUUUCCCAUCUGCUGCCUUCAUAUUGAAGGUUUUUGAGUUUUGUUUUUGGUCUUAUCCCCCUCACCACCACCCCCGCCCCUGACCUUUUGUUUUUUGUUUUUUCUACUGUUCUUGUCAUAACUUUUUGUGUUGGAGGUCACCUGUUUCGCUGUUGCCUCCUUUGCCCAAGUUGAAACAGGGACCUGUCCUUGUGUCUUUCCAGAACAGUGCCUUGGUUGCACCACACCCCCAGACAUUCCCCUGCCCCCUCUAGACCCCCAAGUUGUGUCUGGGGGGUUGUUGGGGGUGGGUAGUGAAAAGGGCAGUGAGGUGGUGGUGGAAACCAGAGUCAAACGUCAAACGUCGGUGCUUGGAGGGUUCUUAAAUUAUAUUUAAAAAAAUAACUUUUUGUAUAAAUAAAAGAAAAUGGGAAGUGUCCCAGCUCUGGAAGUGA